CAAGAUGAAUAUUUCAUGAAUCUUGUUUUCCUUGUGAAGAUACUAAGAAAUCAGCCUGAAAGCAAGUAUUUCAGCAGUGAUUCACUCAAGGCACAGCCUCAGCUCCUUCACAUUUCACUGUGCUUUCCAAGCCAGCACAAUAGACCACACAACCAUCAGCCACCAGCACACCAGGGUGAUGUGUGGAGUGAGCCACUGGCAUCUGGACAAACCCACACAAAGGCUGCUGGAGGUAGUAAUGUUCUAAGAAUGUCAUCAGGCAUCCAAAUAAAACCAAAGACUGCAGUACAGAAAAAUAAGGCAUCCUCUCCUUCGCCACGUUCUCUGGAACCUGCAAGUAAACCACAGCCAAAGCCUAGUGACAAGCUGAAUCCCAAAACUAUUGAUCCGUUUGGUACUCCUUCUAGAACACCUUCUGCAUUUGCCGCUAUAUAUGCUAAAGGUGGCAUUCCAUGCAGGUUAGUGCAUGGCUCAGUAAAACACAGACUGAAAUGGGAGUGCCUUCCUGAAACUGUUCCUUUUGAUCCUCUUCUUGUAACACUGGCAGAGGGUCUGAGAGAAACAAAGCAUCCCUAUACGUUUGUUUCAAAGGAGGGUUUUAAAGAAUUACUUAUGGUUGAAGGUGCUACUGAAAAAGCAAUUCCCUUGUUGCCUCGUCUAUUUCCAGUGUUAAAGGCUGCAUUGGCCCAUUCAGAUGAUGAAGUAUUUGAAAGGGGGUUGGAUGCUUUAAUUCAACUGAGUGCUGUUGUUGGCCCAUCUCUUAAUGAUCAUCUUAAGCAUCUGCUCACAAAUCUUUCAAGGAGAUUAAUGGACAAGAAAUUUAGAGAAAAAAUUACUGUUGCUUUACAGAAGUUGGAGCAAUAUGGUGGAAAGGCAACUGUGGCUAUCAUCAAAUCUAAAAUUCCAACCUAUUGUUCUAUAUCCUCUUGAACAAAAAAUCUGUAGUGAGUUGUACUGUGAGGUCAAAUUUGAAGAUAAAUGGCCUGUGAGCAUCACUGACACUUCUUUAUGGUAUGCUAUAUUCUCUUAAACUAAUCACAGUUCUUCAGUGUAAUGGAAAGUGGGAAACAUCCCAUCAGUUUGUGAAUAUAUGAUUAUGACAGACUGUUUAAAAUAAUUCUCUAUUGGCUGCUAUUUAUAUAUGCAUUGUGCUUACAAGGACACUGACAAAUUAGCUAUUAUUUCCAAGGCUGAGUAAAUAUAGAUUCAUAUUUUGUUGUAAAUUACAUUUUCCUUUAAUAGAUCUGCUUAGUAUGUUUUGUAUGAUGAAAAAUAAUUUGUCUGUACUUAAAUGGGAACUCAUGGAGUGCUAAAUUACAAUGUGCUUUUGAAACAUUUAAUUUACUCUGUGUCACAGGCACAGAUGGAUGCAGUUUGGGUUCAUCAUGACUUAGUGGAUUAGACAUAAAACUAAAAGAACUCACCUAGACUUCCUGAGAGUUAGCUUUUGAAGGUAUGAAGCUGUAUGUACCAUACAGGUAGCAAGCUGUAUUUGCUCAGCGUGUACUGGGCACUUCGUUUUCAGAAACUGGAACAGCAUUUGUCCAUGAGCAUACUUGAGCUUGACUGCAAAAUACUGACCAGCAGAUCUUGAAAUAAAUAAUGUUCAGGU